AUGUCUCUACGACAAAUCACCCGUCUUACAUCUCGAUUGUCAAUUCCAGUGCCCAAUGUGUCUGGGACACGGGCACUGAGCUCUACGGCUUCAAGACUGAAUGCUGAGAAGAAGAGUGCUUACCGAGAAGGGCUCUCAGCGUACGGGGCUUUCGCCCGUCCUUUUGGGAAGGUCUUCCUGGGUGCUGUGCUCACAUACCAGAUCAUCUAUUGGACAUGGGUGAAGCUCGAGACGGAUGAAACAAAGCUCGAGAAGAAUGAACAAGUGAGCGCCUUAGAAAAAAAGGCAAGGGAGUUAGCAGCAGCCCAGAAAUAG